AUGGUUGGAUUUUUAGAUGGCAAUGUGAAAAUUCGUUCUCCAAAUUCAGCAAUAUUAUCUUCUGUUCAAUAUUUUCAUUUAGAACGCUUAACAAUUGAUUUAUUAAGUCUCCUUGCCGUUGCACCUAUGCUUCACACUCUUCAAGGUAAAUUUCGAACUCCAGACUUGAAAUUAGAUAGACUUUAUCCUUGUCUAUUGCAUUUGCAACAAUUACGGAUCGAAUUAUGGAAUAUUACUUGGACAGAGAUGACAACUCUACUUUCUUCAUUUCCACGACUCGUCUAUUUGACAAUUACUGCUGAUAAUGUGGAUAGUGAUAUGGCUGAUGGUUUUGCCUGGGCUCGAUCAUUGCAACAUAUCAAACAUUUUGAAUUUAAACUUAAAUUUAUCUAUGAUGCCUUCGAACAACAACCACUUAAUCUUGAUUCAUUUCGUACAAAAUUUUGGCUUGAAGAGAAAAAAUGGUUUGUUACAUACGAUCAAAGAUUGAACGCUGAUGGUUCUUCAUUGCUCUAUUCGAAUUCUUCUUCUCUUAUCAUCUAUCCACCACAUGAAAUAAUUGGAACUCUAGUAUCAGAAUCAACUGCAUCAGAGCUAACAUCAUUUUCUCAUGUUCAUUGUUUAAUAAUUAAUGAUCAAUAUUUGAAAUAUCCAUUCUUGCAUCGGUACACUCAUAUCAAAGAGUUGUACUUGUCACAAGUUACUACUACGUUUCCUACGACACUCAAAGAUCUUAUGGCCUGUCUUGAUACAUCGCAAAUUAUAACAUGUACGAUUGGUCACGAAUGGAGUAAAGAUUUGUUUUACGAACUCAUCGAAUUUUUAUAUAGUUUGCCUCGUUUACGUCGACUACAAAUCUCUAGUGUUCAUCUCAACUAUUUUUUUCUUCAACAAUGGCCUCACAUUAUGGAUUUGAAGAUCGAAAAUGACUUUCAGGGUGGUCUUCAUAUGUUAUGUUCAAAUGAUAUCGAUGCACUUUGUCAUUCGUUUACUAAUAUCGAACGACUCGAUAUUCAUUCGUCAUCUAUUACUGAUCUACCACAACUUCUUAAUAGAAUGAAGAAAACAUUAACAGAUAUAAUCAUUAGACAAUCACGUAAGGUCAAUAAUGAACAAUUGAUAACACGUGAAUGGAUCGAACGAAAUACAGAACUAGAAAAUUUCCACUAUACAUGUGAUUUUUGGAAUGCUAUCAGAUUGUGGCUUUGA